AUGAUAGUUGAUUUUCUAAUCUACAACUGGGUUCCAAUGCAGGGGCUCCUGAGCACGCCAACUGGGAAUCAGCGCGUUGUCAUGAAACGCGUGAAGACCAGGGUCCAGGGCGCCGAGGAGAUGUCCCAGAUGGAGCACCUCCUCAACGUGUACGCCAGCCGGGUGGCCCGAGGGCACUGCGCGGACUUCCUGGGCUACUGCGAGGUGGACGAGAGUGAGGCCACCGGGCGGCUGACAUCGGGGCUGUGGCUGGUGUGGAAGUACGAGGGCAGCAAGACCCUGUCGUACUACCUGAGGCGGCGAGACACCCUCCGAGCUCUGGCCACCGAUUUGGAGGUUCCUGAGUCGGUUGUCGUACCAACCGUCAUGCGGCACAUUUUUGAGGGCCUAGCGGCCUUCCACGCAGCGGGAUUGGUGCAUCGCGAUGUGAAGCCCCUGAACAUGAUUUUGGCUGAGGAUGUACGGCGGUUUAAGCUGAUCGACUUGGGCGCCUGUGCCGACCUGCGCUCCGGAACCAACUACGUUCCGGAAGAAUCUAUUUUGGAUUUGAAUUUCUGCCCCCCCGAGCAGUUCGUUAUGCCAACCGACUCGCCGCACAUCUCCAAGCAGGCGGGCCUAAUUAAGCUCGCCAUAAGCCCCAUGUUGUGGGCGAAACACAAACCCGACCGGUUUGAUACCUGGUCGUCCGGUAUCGUAAUGCUUCAAUUGGCGAUUCCCGCCAUGCGCACGGACCGGGCCUUACGUAAUUUUAACUCAGUGUACGGCCCGAAGUACAAGUACGACUUGGCUGCCUGGCGGAAGGGCACCCACUUGUCCUCCAGGGACUGUGCGCUGCUGGAUGCCGAUGAUGGCGCAGGUUGGGAUCUGCUUCAGUCCCUGCUGGCUCCGAGGCACAUCCAGGUGGACGACAACGGGGGGGUCAGCUUCGUCAACGACACGCCGUUCCAACGGAUCAGCGCUUUUGAGGCGCUCAAACACCGGGGGGGAUCCGGCGGGGAGGCGGCGGCGGCGGGGGCGGGGGCACGGAGGGGCAGGACGUCGGGAGGCGACGCCGCGGCGCCGGCGCCGGCCGAGUCCAGGGCCGGGUCGAAGGCGGCCGGCGGCGGCGGCGGCGGCGCUUCCACUUCCGGCGGCGGCGGCGGCGAUCCUUUGGGCUCCGCUCUUGGCAUGUGGCGGGACAUGACGGGUCGUCUGUUUGACUUGGAGGCCCGCAUCAUGCGGCAGACCUCAGCCACGGAGCUCCAAACGACCACCGUUAGGAGGUUAAAAGAACAGGUGGACACCGGGAAGGUGGAUCCGGCGCUCCUACAAAAGGAGGAGAAGGCUCGUCUUGCGGGCCUGCAACAGGAUUUCUCCGCCACCGCCAACCAGGCGUCAGGUCUGUUGAGUUUCUUCGGGUUUGGCGGGAAUAGCAACAAACAACAACAACAGCAGCAACAACAACAGCAGCAGCAGCAACAGGAUCCAAAGGCCCAGAGGGACAGGUCCUCCCAAAGCCUCCAGGCCCUUCGCAACGCGGAAGCCGCCGCCGCCGCCGCAGCCGCCUCCUCGACCUUCCCCUCCUCCCCCUCUUCCUCCUCCGCCUCCUUGUUCUCCGCGCCCUCCGCCGCCGGCAUGUUCAACAGCGUGUGGGAGCGGUUGAGCAGUCGGUUGGGGGAGUUGGAGCGGAAGAUCUCCAACCAGGCCUCGGCUACGGAGCGGCAGUCGCUGGUGGUUCGCGGUCUGAGGGCGAAAGUGAAGGCGGGGGAGGCCGAGCCGGAGAUGCUGGCCAAGGCUGAGCGCACCCUCAGCCGCAUGGAGAGGCGGUUAUUGGAUCUGGAUCGAGAUUACUGGUCGGCUAAACAGAACGCCAAGGGGGCGCUGGCGGGCAACAUGUCCUCGGUUGACGGCGGCAGCAGCGGGCGGCGUGGUGGCAGCGGCAGCAACGCCAGGGGGGAUCAGUCGUCAGCAGCGGUGGCGGCGGCGGACACAGAUGCCGUGGUACGGCAGAGUGACUCGGACGGUGAGUCAGGUGGCAGUUAUCGGUCGAUAUUUGGUGCCUUCGCGACCCUUGGCAACGCUGCCAAGUCCUCUUCAUCUUCCUCCGCCGCCGCAGCCGCCGCCGCCACAGCGGCCAACACUCCGGCGGCGCCGCCGCCGCCGCCGCCACAACGCUCCACAAGCCCUCUCAUGCGCUCUAUCUCACCUUUCCGCGGCAGCGGCGGCGGCGGCGGCCGCCUGUUAGGUGGUCUGUUCGGUGGCGGUGGCGGCGGCCCGCCGCCGCCGCAGCAGCAGCCUGCGGAGCAAAUGGAUCGUCGUGCCGUACAGGCUGCUCCAUCCUCGGGCGCUGGCGGCGGCGGCGGCAGAAGCGCCUCCGCCUCCGCCAGCGGCGCCUCAGCGGUGGCGGCACCGGCCUCAGCGAGUAGGGAUGUUCCUGUUCCUUCGCCGCCGCCUCUUCCUGCCGCUCCUUCGAUGGCUCCGGGUGGUGAUGCGCUACUGGAGGGGGCAAGUCGCGUCAUUCGGAACAGCCUGGGCUUCACGGGGCUGGCGGCGCGGAUAGCCGGGGACCUGGCGACGGCGUUCAAGGCUGAUGCGGAACGCUAUUUGAAGGAGCUGGAGAUGCAGGAAGCGGCCAAGCGGCAGCAGCGCACACUGGACCUGGCCUUCCUCGCCCUGCUGCGCGAGGCGCAACCCCCGGUUCGCAGCAGCUGCAGCUUCGAGGAGGCUUCGGAGCGGUUUGCGGGGGAGGCGAGGUGGGCGGCGCUCGCGGAUGAGGGUCGGCGGAGGGAGCUGUACGGCAAGUACCUGAUGGCGGCGAAGAAGGUGGAGGAGCAGGCGGCGGCGGCAGCGGAUGCGGCGUUCCGGGCCGCCCUACGUCGCUACCAGGUGACAGCCACGUCCCGCUGGGAGCUCUUCCAACACGGACUGGAGGAAUCAGACCCGGCCGUGGCGGGGGUGCAGGACCCUGCCCGGCGUCAGCAGCUGUUUUUGGAGGUGGUUUCGGAGCUGCAGUUGCAAGUGGCUCUACAGGCGGCGUCUCUCAAGGCGGAGAUGGAGUUCACUACCAUGUUGGCGGAUCUCCGCGAUACCCCCGUCACCUCCACCUCCACCUGGUCGCUUGUGAGGCGGGGGGUGGCGAAUGACCCUCGGUGCCAGGCGCUGCCGGAGAGGAGGAGGAGGGAGUUGUUUGAGGCCUUCACAGCCCGGCUGUUCGAGGAGGAGGCGCGCAGCGGCUGUAGCACCCGCCCCAUCGCAACAACCCCAGCCCCUGCCAGCAGUAGCAGUAGCACCCAGCGCACCAUCAGCUGUUUCAAGUGGGACGACGAGGAGGACCUGGCUGCCGUACUGGCGGGCAUGGAGGCCGCGUUGGAGAGCGCCAUUAAGGCGGUGUCAUCCGUCCCACCCGUACAACCACUAUCACUUCCGCCCACACCACCACCACCACCACCACUACAACAACAACCCCUACCGGUCGUUACCGACGGCACCGCCACCACCACCACCACUACUACUGCUACUACCAGCAGUAGCAGCGGCAGUAGCGGCGGCCGGGGUGUCCGUCCGCUACCGCCAUCAUCGCCGAGUAGUAAUGUCGACAAGGAUGGGGUGCCUGCCGCCGCCGGCACCGGAGGAGGGAGAGGUCCCGUUCGUGUUGUGAACGGACAUGCGGCCCGACUUCGGGCCGAGUACGAGGCCAUGGCUCAGCGGCUGCGGGAGAUGGAGGAGCGGCUCAAGAGCCAGGCGCAGCUUAUGACGUCCGAGGUGGUGGUCGAGGAGGCGGUGGUGGGGGCGGGGAUGGGGGUGGAGAAGGUUGGUGGAAAGGGGGUUGAGAAUCGUCCGGGAGCCGCCGGUGACCGAGACGACGAGGACGAUGACGACGCGGCGGCCAUGACCACCACCCUGGGGGGCGGGGGAGUCAGUUUGGCGGUGAGGGAUGAGGUCUCCCGGGGCGGUCAGCGCUGGAAGCGGUGA